AUGGAGCGCUCCCCGCGCGACGAGCUCGAGGAGCUGGCGCUGUGCUCGUGCUGCCAACGCGUCUUCGACGACACCGAGCGCGCGCCCAAGAUCCUCGCGUGCAAGCACCACUUCUGCUUGGCCUGCACGCGCGGCGUGCUGGGCGGCGAGCGCGAAGUGCGCUGCGCGCACUGCUGGAAGCGCACCGAGCUGCCCGAGGGCCGCGCCGAGGCGCUGCCCACGUACGCGGCCGUGCUGGCGCUGGCGCGCCGCCUGGCGCCCGGCCCGCCCAGCGCCGCGCGCCUGCAGCUGCAGCGCGACGCGCGCCUGCUGCUGGCCGACCUGCAGCGCCUGGCCGUGCGCCAGCGCGAGUUCCUGCUGCGCGCGCUCGACGCGGCGACGGCGCUCAAGGUGCGCCUCGAGGCCGAGCUGGCCGCGCCCAGCGCGCUGCUGUCCGCCGCGGAGCGCGCGCCGGUCGAGACGGACUACGCCUACUGCUCCCUCGCCACGGCGGCCGCCGAUCGGGACCGGCUCCGUGCGCGCCACGCCGAGGCGCUGCUGCAGUGUCGACUCGACGAUCUCAUUCGCAACGCGAGCGUUCCGCUCGACUUCGAACUGAUGCGCCGGGCCCUCGCCGGGCUCGGGAACGGCGAAUGUCUCCCGACGUCGUCGGUGGAGUGUCGCGACCCGAUCCUGUUCUUGGCCAACUACUGCACGGCGCAGCUGUACACGCGGCACUGCCUGGCGCGGCGCGCGCGCCUGCUGGACGGCGCGGCGGACGGCGCAACGAUCUCCAACGCCGCAGUGGGAUCGCCGGUGAUCCGCAACGCGAUAGUGUUUCCCCUCUUUUAUUUCGACUUGGAGGUGAACGGGUCCCCGUUCGGCCGCGUGGUGAUAGAGGUGCGCGAGGACGUCGCGCCGCGAAUGUCUCGUAACUUCGCGGUGCUGACGACGGGAGAGCUGGGCGUCGGAUAUCGCGGCUGCACCGUCUUUCAGUGCUGGGAGAACGAGAGCGUCAUAACAGGAGAUUUCGAGUUGAACAACGGGCGCGGCGGGCGAUCGGUCUUCGAGGAGAGCUUCUUCAUGCCGGACGACACGAAGAUGGUAGCGGUGCGCGGUGCGGUGGGCAUGCGUCGUUCGCAGAAGCGUCACGAUAAUUUGGGCCUAGUCGGAUCACAGUUCCGAAUAAUGCUACGAGAGAUACGCGGUUUCACGGCCAUCUUCGCGUUCGUGGUGGAUGGCCUCGAGCUGGUGGACCGCCUGAGCCGCACGGGCGACAGCGCCGGCAAGCCGCACAGCAGUAUUAUCAUCGCCAGCUGCGGUAAGCUCAACUGA